AUGGCGACUCUUAUACCCAUGAUCUCCGUCCCGCUGAAGCAGACCAACGAAAUCGACUGGAUACAACCGCUCAAGGGCUACAUACGCGCCACUUAUGGCGAUGAUCCGGAGCGCUAUGUAGAAGAGUGUGCGACGCUGAACCGGUUGCGGCAGGAUAUGCGGGGCGCGGGCAAGGAUAGCGCUGCGGGGAGGGACCUGCUGUACAGAUACUAUGGGCAGUUGGAGCUCCUGGAUCUGAGGUUUCCCGUGGAUGAGAACCACAUCAAGAUCCAGUUUACUUGGUUCGAUGCAUUUACACACAAGCCCACCUCGCAGUACUCCCUCGCCUUCGAGAAAGCCUCCAUAAUCUUCAACAUCUCCGCCGUUCUAUCCUGCCACGCCGCCCACCAGAAUCGCCACGAGGAUGUCGGUCUCAAGACGGCGUACCACUCGUUCCAGGCCUCAGCUGGCAUGUUCACGUAUAUCAACGAAAACUUCCUACACGCCCCGUCUACUGAUCUGAGCCGCGAGACGGUGAAGACGCUGAUAGCGGUUAUGCUGGCACAGGCACAAGAGGUGUUCCUAGAAAAGCAGAUCGCGGACGGCAAGAAGGUGGGGUUAUUGGCGAAAUUGGCCAGUCAGGCUGCGUUUUUGUAUACACAGGCUGUAGAGGGCGCGCAGGAGAAUGUGAACAAGGCAGUCUUCGAGAAAGUGUGGCUAUUGGUUUGUCAGACCAAAGCGAGCCAUAUGGCUUCAGUCGCACAGUAUUACCAAGCACUGGCUGAUGACGAUGCGAACUCGCACGGCGUAGCGAUCUGCCGGUUACAGGUUGCAGAGGCGAACGCCAAAGAUGCAAAUCGGGUUGCGAACGCUUUCCCUUCCUCUUGCCCUGCAAAUUCGAACCUGCCCGCAGAGACCGGCUCCGUCUUGGCUGAAUUGACGAAGAAACACCACGCAAAUGUCCAAGAGAAGCUGGCCGAGUUUAUGAAGGAUAACGAUUUCAUUUACCACCAGGGUAUCCCGAACGAAGCAUCUUUAACACAAGUUCCCAAACUCCCAGCAGCGAAGGCGAUACCUGUGAGCGAGCUUUACCAAGGACAGGAUAUCCAGAGGAUCAUCGGACCGGACAUUUUUCAAAAAAUAGUACCAAUGGCCGUAACGGAAUCCGCUAGUUUGUACGAUGAAGAGAAGGCGAAAUUAAUACGGGCAGAGAGCGAAAGAGUCGAGGUAGCAAAUGAUGAGAUGGCGGCGAGUUUAGACUAUCUAAAGCUACCGGACAGCCUCAACGUGCUCAGAGGAGGCAUGGAUAACCAAGAUAUGAUGGUUGACGAGGACUUCCGCAGAUGGUGUGAAGAGUUGGCGGGCCAUGCGCCAUUCACCACGGCAUUCGAACAGUCGAAUGCAGACAAGUCUGAGAUCAUGAAUCUGCUCGACGCGAGCAUGAAGCAACUGGAUAUGGAAGAGAGUGUUUGCGAGAAGAUGAGAUCGAAGUACGGCGUCGAUUGGACACAGCAGCCCAGCUCACGUUUGACCGCAACACUACGAAGCGAUAUCCGGAAUUACCGAGGAGCAGUCGACGAGGCAAGCACAAGCGAUGCGCAGUUGUACAGCACAUUUAGGCAAUAUGAGGCAGACUUCGACGAGAUGCGGUCGGCUGGCGAGACUGAUGAAGCAGAUGUGCUGUAUUCUCGAGCCAUGGUCAAAGCGGGCGCGUCGAAGGGCAAGAGUCCGGGCCCCACUCAAGGCAAUUUACUAGACGACGAUUUUCAGGACGGUCCAAGCGUUGCGGAUCAGAUUGCCAGCGUUGAGGAGCUGCUGCGGAGACUGAAUUUAAUUAAGAAGGAGAGGAUUCAAGUGCUGAAGGAUCUCAAAGAUAAGGUUCACUCCGACGACAUCUCCAACGUCUUGAUCCUGAAUAAGAAAGCCAUCGCAAACCAAGAAUCCCAACUCUUCAAGGCGGAGCUUGAAAAGUUCCGACCUCACCAAAACCGCAUACUCCAAGCCAAUCACAAGCAAGGAUCUCUCCUCAAAGAGCUUACACGCACUUACUCCGACCUUCUAAAAGACCCGCGCGUCCGCUCUGAGCAGAGCAAGUAUGACGCGUUCUCCCGCCAGCGCAGUUCUGUCAUGAAGAAGUACGAGCGCGUCUACCAAUCUUUCAGAGAUCUUCAAGCUGGGCUCUCCCGCGCCCAAGGGUUCUAUUCCGAGAUGAAAGAUACAGUGUCAAGUCUCCAGAAGAAUGUAGAAACCUUCGUCAACAAUAGGCGAUCGGAGGGUGGCCAAUUACUUCAAAACAUUGAACAGAAGAAGAACCAGGGCGCCGACCAAGAGCAGCAGCGCUUGAAGGACCUAAUGGAGCGCAUGUCCAUGGAGCCCUCUGGUUCGCCCGUUUCCCAAGGCAGAGAAAGAAAAAAGAGCAUCCCCGCGCCGCUUAACCAGUCGGGAUACCCGUCCACAUCGUCCGCUCAUCCUUCGUACAACCCAGCCGCUUCACCACCCGUAACACCCCGCUACCCGAUCACCACACAAGGCCAGCAACAAUAUCAACAACCAGCCCAACAACCAAACCCCUAUCCUUCAAAUGCCUACCAGCAAUACCCCUCUCACUCCCAUUCUCACUCCCAGUCACAGCCCUCGACAAGCUACAAUCCCACAAACUACGGCCCCGUUUCUCCGCCUGCACACCAGCAGUACUUCUCCCCGCCACCAAACCAACACCAGCAGCAGCCGUGGGGCCACCCCCCGGCACAGCAGCACGGGCAGUACGGAUACCAGAGCGGGACGCCGCAGCCCGGCGCGGGAUUGCCGCAAGGAUACGUGCCACCUCCACCACCACCGGGACCACCGCCAGCGCAGCAUGAGGGAUUUGGCCAGUAUGGAGGCCAGCAGUAUCAGGGCGGUUAUGCGCAGAGACAGAGUGGGCAGGGACAGCAGCAGCAGCAUCAGCAGCAUCAGCAUCAGGGUGGUGCAAACGAUCCGUGGGCAGGGCUGAGUGGGUGGAAAUAG